AUGGAGGCAGCGGUAGCUCGCGCCGACACAGCAGCAUUAUUCUCGGGCCAGGAGGACGCCGCCGAGGGGAGCAUGUCCAGCCUGCCGGCUCGGGUCGCUGGCUCGAUCGUCCGCGGCGUCAUCACCUUCAUCUUCGCCACAGUGGGCACGAUUCUGGGAGCCAUCACGGGCGGCACGAUCGGGCUGGCGACGGAGAGCGGCCUCGUCCGCGGCGCGGGCAUCGGCGCCAUCUCCGGCGCCGUGGUGGCCAUGGAGGUUGUCGACAGGUCCAUGGCCAUGUGGCGCUCCGACGAGUGCGGCAUCUGGAGCGUCCUAUACGUGCUUGACGUGAUCUGGAGCCUCCUGACGGGCCGUCUGGUGCGCGAGAAGGUGGACCCCGCAGUGCAGAACGCCGUCGACAGCCAGAUGAACGCCGCGGGCGACGGGUUCAGCGACGGCCCGCCGACGCUCUCCGAGAUGUUUGACAUGGGCUCCGCCUCCUUCAAAGGCAUGGCCGCAGACGCCAUCGCCGAGCUCCCCGCGACGACCAUCACCGAGCAGCAGGCCGCCGUGCAGGACGGCGGCUGCUCCGUGUGCCUCCAGGAGUUCGAGGCCGGCGAGGCGGCACGGAGCCUGCCGGAGUGCCGCCACACGUUCCACAUGUCGUGCAUAGACGGGUGGCUGUGCCGGCAUGCGUCGUGCCCGCUGUGCCGCCGCGCCGUCUAG